UUCUCUGCAUAAGAGUAGAAAUUAGGGUUUUGUGUCAAUUUCAGGGUUUGCUGUGUCCAAGUACUUGCAUUGCUUAUCAUCGGGUCUAUACUCGACCGGCCACGGUGUUCUAGUUUCAUCCUACCGCCUGAGAUUGCAGUCACGGUGUUCUUGGUUGAUCGCGGCCUCGGUGUUCUGUCUGGUCAACUCUAAGUCGGUAGGCGAGAUCGUACUUUCUUAUUAUUGUAUGGUCGCGUGAACCUGUUCUUUGAAUUCAGUUAUCCCCCAUAUGAAAGAAGGUUAAGCUUCCGAUAAUCUAUGCAACCCAUCAUUUUCUUUACAUUGGUUUCUUCAAGAAGAAGACCUAGUUUAUGUGAAGAUAAUGGUAGCUAGCAACAGUGCAAGUAAGGUUUCAUCAACGGGAAAUGGUUCAACAGAUUCCCCUGGAUUGAGAAGGUCAGUUAGGGAAAAUGCAUGGGGAAAGCAACCAAGUCCAAUAUCCAAAACUCCGUUAACAACAAAGUCUGAUUAUCUAACUAUCUCAAAGCCAUCUAGCAGCAGGAAGUCGGAGCGUCUAGAGAAGGUUUUGCCAACUCCAGUAGAGAAGAAAUCACAGGAGGUCGAAGAACAAGAAUCUCAGCUGGAAACUCAGAAGGAAACUCCUUCUCCCUUGAGGCGUUCUGAAAGGAGUAAAAAACAGACUAUGUCGAACCCAUCGAGCAUAAAAAGGAAAGUGAUGAGCAGUCGGACCUACAAGGCUCUUUUUAGUGCACACCAGGGAAGUAGUAGUAGUAGUGCUGCUAUUAAGAAUGACUUGGAAACUGCCUUGGAGGUGAAUCAGGAAAAAAUAGAGGAGAAGCUAUCUUCAAGAUAUGUGGAAUACUGGGUACCGGUUUCAAUAUCCACUGUUCAACUUGAACAGUACUGUGGUGUUCUUCUUGAAAAUUCAAGCACUCUCCGUUCUUCAAUGAAAGAACUGUUUGGGGUAUUGCAGGAUGUUAUAGUAUCAACUCGAAAGUGCUGUGAUCACCCCUACACUGUAGAUCAAGCUUUAGAGGGAUUAUUAAUGAAGCAACUCUUUCAACCCGAGAUCUUGGACGUGGGUAUCAAAGCAAGUGGCAAAUUGCAACUUCUUGAUACAAUACUUUCAGAAAUUAGAAACAAAGGGCUUAGAGUGCUCAUUCUUUUCAAGAAUAUUAGUGGCUCUGGAAGAGGUAUUGGAGAUAUACUGGAUGACUUUCUUCAGGGAAGAUUUGGCCAAGAUUCUUAUGAACGUGUUGAUCAAGGCCUUCCCAAUCACAGGAAACAAACUUCUGUAAACAGAUUCAAUGACAAGAAUAGUGACAGAUUUGUUUUUCUUUUGGAAAUUCGUGCCUGCCAAUCAAGCAUCAAACUUUCAUCUGUGGAUGCCAUAAUUAUUUUUAAUAGUGAUUGGAAUCCUUCACUUGACCUAAGAGCACUGAAUCGAAUGCCAAUUGACUCAUCUCUUAAACAGAUUAAGAUAUUCCGCCUAUAUUCACCAUUUACUUUAGAAGAAAAAGUUCUGAUCCUUGCAGCACAAAACGUGACUCUUGAUAACAGUUUGCAUAAUAUAAAUAGGAGCACUAGUCACCAGUUACUUCAGUGGGGGGCAUCUUAUUUAUUCAAAAAGUUGGAUCUAUUUCAUGAUGCUGACACGGCUUGUUCUGAUAUGUCUUUGGUAUCACCAAUUCUCAAGGAUGUGGUUCAUGAGAUACUUGGUUUAGUUAGUUCACAUGAUGACGUCCACAUAGAGAACUCUUUAAUUGUCAAGGUCAAGCAUAGUGAGGGGACUUAUAGUAAGAACCUUCAGUUGCUUGGUGAGCGGGAAUUGCAGAAUGUUUUAGAUGAAUCACAACUUUUCUGGGCAAAUCUGUUGGAUGGAAGAAACCCCAGAUGGAAAUAUCCAUCUAGACUGCUACAGAGAAACAGGAAGAGAGUUAACAACUUUAAUCAACCCAUUGAGGCAUCAAAGGAUGAACUUGAUGUAGUAAAGAAGAAGAAGAAAACUGACAAUAUUCCUAUCUCUCCCUCUCCUGAACUUGGAAGGAAUGAGACAGAACCAAUUGAGAAGGGUGGAUUGGAUUUAGGAGGCUUGCAACCUGUUUGUGGUACAGAGUCUUCAAAAGAAGAGACUUCUGAUAUGCCGCAAAAUGUUCAUUUGCUUCUAAAGUCAAAUAUGGAAAAAGUCUCUGAUGUUCUCCAACUUCCUGAUGAUGUCAAGAUCAUGGCUGGAGAUCUUCUUGAUUACAUUAUUGAUAACCAUAGUAUUAAUAUGGAACCGGAAAGCAUUUUCCAGGCUUUUCAAAUCUCCCUGUGUUGGAAUGCGGCUUCAUUAGUCAAAAAUAAAAUUUACAAGGAGAAGUCACUUGCAACAGUGAAGAAGCUUCUGAAGUUUAGCUGCACAGAAGAAGAAGCUAAUCAUGCUUACUCGAAGAUGCGGGAUGUACGAAAAAAGUUUUCGAAACACAUACAUAGUUUGAAAGAACCUAAAUAUUCGAAGGAUGUGGUUUCCGUAACAGAUGAUGGCCCUAUUGGCCUGCCACUAGCAGAGAGAGGGACCUGCCAUUUGCAGGCUUUAAAUGUGUCGAAUGCAGAAACAGAUAAUUUAAUUAGAAAAAUGAAACAAGAUUAUGCAGAACUUUUACAAAAUUUUCUCAGACAGUGCCCUUUAGAGAAAGGAAUUGAAAGCCAUUUCAAGAAGAUAGAGGAAAAUUAUGGAGAACAUUUGGAAAGACUUAUGUUGCAGCAGCAAGAAGAAAUCCAUGACAUGGAGAAAGAUAUGGAGCAAAAGAGAGAAGAAAUAAAUACAGAUUACAGAGUACAUGCAAGUGUUAUUCGCUCCAUUAAUGUUGAAUAUUCUCUGAGGUCAGAUAAACUUAAAAAAAUUGUAGAAGAUUUCAGAAAAAGGAUGGAGGUACACCACCAACAGAAGGAGGCACGCCUUAGAGAACUCCAGGAAAAGCAUGAAGGUGAAAGGAUUGUGGAAACGAAGAAGGCCACAGAUAAAUUAAAAUCUUUGUUACCUGCAGAUUUUCCUGGUGACUCGGCUUUAAAUAGAUUUGAGCCUGUAGUUGUUGGUGAGCAUGUUUUAUCUAUUGGCUCCCAGUCUGCCACCUGUGCAAAAGAGAAAACUGAUAAACCAUCAGAUGAGCUUAAACCGGUUUCCAGUGAGUCAACGUGUAUUGAUGACCAAUCAAAUAUACAAACGGUUAAUGGAGCAGUAGGGUUUACUAUGAAACCAAGAGGAAACAUUGCUAUAGAUACUUUACCUGGAGUCCUCAAUAGAGAGUCAGAGCAACAACCUCACUGUAGCUCUGCUGAUAACCUUGAAGAGUCCAACCUGCCUUUGCAACAAGCUCCUGAUAAAGAUCCAUCAAAGGAGCCUUCUAAGUCAUCAAGUGCAGCGAUGGAAGUUAGUGACAACAUAACUGCCACUGAACUCAUUGCAGAGCAUUGUCAAACAGACGAGACAAAUUUGGUAGUCAUUGAUGAUAUGAGAAACCAGAAUGAUGAAAUUACUCGCUCCGCCAACUCUGCCAACUCUGAUAACAUCUGUUGUGAAGAAGCUGGAAGUAUAGAUAGAGAAUGUUUGCAGCAAGAACCACUAGAUUGUUCUAAGUCAUCGAGUAUGGUGAUGGAAGUUAGGAACUACAUAAUUGCCACAGAACUCAUUGCAGAGAAUUGUCGAACAGACAAGCCAAGUUUGGUGGUCAUUGAUGAAAUGAGAAACCAGAAUGAUGAAAUUUCUCGCUCAGCCAACUCUGAUAACAUCUGUUGUGAAGAACCUGGAAUUGUUGAUAUAGAGCGUUUGCAGCAAGAAUCAAUAAUUGGUUCACAAGCUACAGUUGACUCACAUACUGUUUCUGGACCAAAUGAUGCAAGCUGCGAUAAAUUACACCAAGUGGAGUUGCCAUUGCUUCCCAACAAUCCUGGACCAAUUGGUGUAACUCAUGGUGGAGAACCUGGGACUGUAGAAAUGGAAAGCUUACAACAGACAUUAGCUGGUUCAACUAUUGUAACUGAUUCAAGCAACGUGUCUGUUCGAAAUGAUCAAAAUUGUGGUGAAUAUAUUGGAAAUGUAGACAUUGGUAGCUCACAACAAGUGUCAAUAGCUGGAUCACAAGCCGGAGUUGAUUCUUGUCAUGACGAAGUUGAUUUACCUAGAGUUUCAGAUGUUUUAGAUCAAAAUUGUGGUGAAGAUAUUGGAUUUGGAAAUGUAGAAAAAGGUAGCUCACAACAAGUGUCAAUACCUGGAUCGCAUGCUGGAGUUGAUUCUUGUAAUGACGAGGCUGAUUUACCUAGAGUUCCCGAAGCUGUAGAUCAAGAUUGUGGUAAAGAUAUGGGAAAUGUAGACAGAGGUAGCUCACAAGUAUCAAUAGCUGGAAUUGAUUCUUGUAAUGGCGAGGCUGAUUUACCGAGACUUUCCAAUGUUGUAGAGACAACAACAACAACAACAGAUAAUGUUAUCCCGACACCAGCUUCAUUAAUAGCUGGUUCAAAUGAAGCUUCUGGAUUCGCAAUCAAGCCUAUGAAUAUUUGCAGUUCUAGCCAAGUCAUGACCACCUCUGUACAAGCUGAGGGCUCAGCUGUGCUGUUGCAAGAAACUACUCAAACUCCAGUAAGUCAUCAUCCAGUCAAUAUGCAUGGACCACCCACUGUUCAGAAUCAAUUUUCCAUGCACAAUCGGACAAAUAUAGUACUGCCUCUAAAUGCAGAAGUUCUGCACCAUCAGUAUGAAGGCAUAAGAGGAGAACCUCCAGAACAACUUAUUGCUUCUAGAGGUUUAAGAAGUCUUCAUUCUGUUAGUGUCUCUCCCUUGGGACAGGGAACACAACUGCAACCACAGCCGCCAAUGCUUAGUGCUCAACCAAUGAUUCUUAAUUUUCCAAACCAUAAUAUGGAAGUCGAUGAUCCACUGUCAAAUGAGACGGAUAGGAUAUCUAAAGAAAUGGAGAAGUAUAAAAAUUCGAUGGAUGUUAAGAUGUCAUUACUAGAAUCGGCUCGUGCAAAGGAACUGGAAGAAAUUAACCAAAAGUACAAUGCUAUAAUUCAUGAAACUGAAACUGCUUUUUCUUCAAAUAUAAACCAGCUGCAAGUGAUAAAAGAUAGACUUCUCCACUUCAAGACUACAGCUUUGUCUUUCCACACUAAAAAUGCUGUCAAGUCCAAUAUCUCGCAGUCUGCUUCCCCAUCUAUCAGCAACAUGCAGCAAUUCACUACUGGACGAUUGUUGGGAAGACAGACUACAGAUGUUACUCGAACUUCUUCUACCUCAGUCCUAACAAACUAUGAGAUGAUAGCACCAUCUCCGGUCACACAUAGUGGUGUGCAAGCUCCAAUGAUAUCAAACAUGCGUGGUCAAUGGACUCCACAUAGACCAUCUUUGACUCCUGCUUGGGUUCCUCAACAUAGACCAUCUUUGACUAAUUGGGCUCCUACACAUAGACCAUCUUUGACUUCUUGGGUUCCUCCACAUAGACCAUCUUUAACUCCCCCUACUAUGAUAAAUCGCCAAGAUCAUGGAGAGAUGCGUUCACCAGCACCACACCUACGUGGUUUACCAUCAUACCCUUCUGACCAUUAUGGCAGGCCUGUCAGUGUCAGAGCUAAUGUUUGUGGAAUUCGGCCGGAAUACAUAAACCCGCUCUUAACACCUGUUGGCUCAGUUGCAGACCCAUAUAGGCAGGCACUUCCAAUUGCUCCAUCUGCUUUUGCCUCAGCACGGCCAAUUGUUAUGCCUACAAUCCAAACACAACUUGGGGAGGUUACAGUUCAAGCCGAGACCAGUGCGCCUGCUAAGACAAAUGAAGUAGUUUGUUUAUCAGAUGAUGACGAGGAUGCUGGGAGCAUGUAACUGCAGAAGAAAACAACACCAUAUAUAUAUUGGUCCCAGUUGGCCUCAAUGUAGUCUUCUUUUUCUUUUAUUAUUAUUAUUAUUAUUGUUUUGGCUUUGUUUUUUUACUAUAACAGCUAAAAUCUUUUUAUCAUUUGGUUUUCAGGGCAAAUGGAGAAUUCUUGUUACUUUAUUAGGGGGGUUGAACCGUGGUUUGAAACUUUCACCAACUGAAAUAGAAAUGUUUGUUUACAGAUUAUUG